AAGCACAGUAUUGUUCAAGAAUCCCAGCCGACAACUGGUUGGACACCGAAUUUGUAUCAUAUGGAAGACCUGAGCAGCCUCUCACAUCUAUGUUUUUCGGCCACAAGUUCCUAACAGUCAAAUUGUACCAGCACUCUUCGGUUGAGGUGAGAGAGGAAACGUGAUGAGCACAAAAAUGGCAGAACCCCAGAAGCAAAGCCAUUUCAUUCUAGUCCAUGGAGCAUGCCACGGUGCUUGGAGCUGGUACAAGGUCAAACCGCUGCUGGAGUCCGCCGGUCACCGGGUCACGGCACUCGAUCUUGCCGCAUCAGGCAUCAACAUGAAAGCAAUCCAAGACGUUCAUACGAUGCAUCAGUAUACCGAGCCCUUGUUGGAGAUUUUAGCUGCUCUGCCCUCCGGUGAAAAGGUCAUCCUUGUGGGGCACAGCCUUGGAGGCGUGAAUUUGGCCCUGGCCAUGGAUAAGUUCCCGGAAAAGAUCUCCGUCGGCGUUUUCAUGGCAGCUUUCUUGCCAGAUACCUCUCAUCGGCCAUCAUAUGUCUUGGAUCAGGAUCUAGAGCUGGCCAAGGCAUUGAUCAGGCCAGGAUCGUUGUUCAUUGAAGAUUUGGCCAAGUCUAAAGAAUUGUCUAAUGAGGGAUACGGAUCUGUGAGACGGGUCUAUAUUGUGUGCAAUGAGGACAAAGGGAUUCCGGAGGACCUCCAACGUUGGAUGAUCCAAAAUUUUGCUGUUGAUGAUGUGGUGGAGAUUAAGGAUGCAGAUCACAUGGCGAUGCUUUCCAAACCACAUCAACUUUCCCAACAUCUCUUGGAGAUAGCGCGCAAAUAUGAUUAGUUUUCAUUUUCUCGUAUUUCAUUUUAAUGGGUCAUGUAAAACCCUUUAAAAUAAUCUUUCUGAUGUUAAAGUACGCAAUGUGCUGGUGUUGUUGUUAUUUGGACUCGGAAGUGUUGUCUUUGCUUUGCUAGGACCACGUGAAACUCGUGGUCGAUGUUUUAAAGGAAUAAUGCGCUCUUGUUUCCAUCAUGCCAUGAAAAAUGAAAUUUGAUCAAUAUAUUUCUAUCUUAUUUUACAAUGCAUCUCAAAAAUAUUUAUUAAGCAUAUUUGUCUGCAAUUUCCUGGAGGCAAGAGCAGAGCUCCAGCGGUUUGGAAAACAUAACCAUGUGAUCAGAGCCAGCAAUAACCUUUACCUCAUCUGUUGGGUUUCUUUCAAUAAUCCACCUUUGAAAGUCUUCUUUUAUGACCUUGUCCUGGUCACAGAUGAUGUACACCCGAUGCACAGAUCCAUAUUUCUCCUUGGUGAGGAAUGCUUCAUUUGGAAGCGCUGCCUCGUUAUUAUAG